ACAUUCAUUCGUACGUGACUAUCUGUUUAAAUCAUCGCGAUUUUUAUUAUCGGUUGUAUGAUGCCACCGGUUGUGUUUGUUUUUGGCACAAUCGUGACUUUGCUAUAGGAACUUGAACGCUGAUCCUGUUAAAAAAAAACUCAGUCUGUCGACUCUAAACGAGAAGGAUCUUAAAUCUUACAACUGAUUUUGGAUUUCUUCUGUAAUUUAUCGUAGGACAUACUCCGUGUGAUAUAAGCUUAACGGCAACGAAAAUCUACCGCAAGGUUCCUGAUGUGAUAGUGUCUAUUCGGCUCCGGCAAUUUUGUCGUGGAAUCAAGUUCUUAAGCAAACAAAUAUGUGGAUUUCAAGAUGAGUUGUGAUUAAUUGCAAGAUUUCUAUUUACGAUCUGGAUAGAAUUGAUAUUCGCAUCGUCACAUCAUCGGUUUGAUUGUAACGUGGUGUUUCAGUUUCACCUCUAUUUUCAUCUUAAAAAGUCAAGUGCUCUUAGAACGCAAUAUGGCGGCGUUAAGUGAGCGGAAUCUAGAACAGUUUAACCAGCAGCAGCCGACCGGUCGACGCAGACCAUCGGUAAUGUCGCGACGCGCAUCGAUCGUAAGCAGUCACUCCACAUCCAAAGAAGGCGACAUGAUGGGACCACCUGGUUAUCAAGGAAAAUUCCGACGACUGUCCAGGGCAUAUUCUAUCUCCAUGGGCAGUCAUCGAGGCAACCACGCCCUGCGAUCGGCUGCCGAUUCUCAGCAUUCGAAACCGGCGGCCGUGAAGUAUGAGAACACCUUCAAGAUGAAACCUGAUGAGGGGGCGGUCUUCAAGCACGCCGCGGUCCAAUCGAUCCUGGAAACCGUCCUGGAGCGGUAUCUAUCAACCGCGCAGUACGCACCGAAAACUGUUUCCAUGUUCACGCAGAAUAUCGUCGACGAGGUGAAAAGGCGAGUCAAGGACUUGAAGAUGCCGAGGUAUAAGAUAGUCUGUCAGGUCUACAUCGGGUCCAAGAACGGCCAAAGUAUGCAGAUGGUCAGCCGAGCGGUCUGGAACACAGAGACAGACAACUUCGCUACGGCAAACUAUCAGAAUCAGUCGCUCUAUGCCAUUGCUUCCGUACACGCAACUUAUUUCGAAUGAACUAAAUGACUGAGCAACUCACUUGUACAGACGUUUUAAGACCUUAUAUGGGCCCUAUAUAGCUGGAGCGAAGACACAAUGUAAUGUCUAUUUGCCUCACCCUUGGCCAUUGAAAAGGUGUAAAAACAACAACAGUUUUGAUUUUUCUGAAGGACGAUUGAUAUAAUGGAUUCAAGAGUAAAGAGUGAGGUUGUUCAGAUUGACACUGGUGUGUAAAUAGUCAUAUUAAUUCAAUUCAAUUUAUUUAUUCAACCAUCAUCAUAUCCAGAUAGGCCCAUCUACUAAAAUUGUGAUUUUCUUGAAAUUCAGUUUUGACAAGGUGCUUUACCUACCAGUUAGCAAUUAACUGAGUGCAUUGUGAAGAAACGGUCGAUUCAUUUGGAAAGCAAAUUGUAUUCUUAGCGUAUAUAGUCGAUUUGACAGUCCCAUAGGCUCAAUACACCAACCUAGAAAUGUUCUUUCCGAUGAAGAUUUUAUAUUGAAACGUGUUCCUAUGGGGUCCUAGGCCAAAUUCAACUUGGUUGCCCAAAGUUGCCGUUUGGGCAAUUUUGCUAAUUUGCAUAAAUCCAAAAUGGCCGCCAGAUGCCAUCUUAAAGACUUAACUUUUGAACCCCUUGCCCCCAAAUGAUGAGUAAAGACUCUUUUUAGAGGUUUAGUGGGAUGUAGAAUCGAUUUCUUUUAUAAUGUUUGCAAUGUAAGGUCAUCUUCAGGUCAAAUCCAAGAUGGCCGCCAGAUGCCAUCUUGAAAAAUUGACUUUUGAUCUCCUUGCCCCAGAAUGAUGAGUAAUACCUCUGUUUAGGGGUUUUGGGGUGUGUAGAAUCUCUUUCCGCUAUCUAUUUUGCAAUAUAAUGUCAUCUUCAGGUCAAAUCCAAGAUGGCCGCCAGAUGACGCCAUUUUGAAAAAACAACAACUUUUGAACCCUUUGUCCAAGAAUCAUGAAUAAUACCUCUUUUCGUGAGUUAUUUGAUAUGUUGAUUCCAUUUCUGGUGAUAAUUUUGCAAUAUAGGAUCAUUCAGAUAAAAAAAAAAGAUGGCCGCUAAACGCCAUAUUAAAAAAACUACUUCCCGAGACUAUUGAACUUUGAACCUUGAAGAUAAUCUCCCCAAAAAGUACACGUUGUCCUAAAGAGGGUUACUAUUAUGUGUAGGAGCUCAUGGAAGGGUAUUUCAGUAAGAAUGAUUAAUUUCUUUUAAUUUCUCCACUUUUAGUGGUCAAGUCAGGUCUCAGAUGGUCAGAUGGUUGAUAUAUUUCGGCAUUAACCGCUCACUUUACAAUGAAACCAUUCAAGGUUUGGGCUAUGACCCAUUUCGGGAGUUCUCAUCAUUUUUUUUUUAUGUCCAGCCAUAUUUUUAUAUUGAAAGGACUUAAAAGUAUUACUUUUUAUUAAAAAGUGAUAAAUCCGUAUUUUUCAGAAAAUUGGUUAACUUAUUACCUUCCUUUAUAAUAAUCAUUGGACUUUUCAUCCUGACAAAAGCCUUUGACUUGGUCAGCACGAGUGCAGUUUUUAGCCUCCUGUAGAAGAUAGGCUCCCCAAGACUGAUCCAUGGUCACAUCAUUUACAUGAGCACAGUUUGCUACAAUGCUGGAACAUCUGGUAGCUUCCCUCAAUUCCUGUGAGCAGUGGCGUGAAGCAAUUAUGCUGUGCCUGGCCCUGACACUCAUUGGGAUCUUCUUCUUCAUGCUUCCUCAGUAUGCAUUUGGCGGAUGCAGAGAAGGUAUCUACAUGUAUAUCCGUACCAGAGCAGAUGGGAAACUCUUCAACAUCGACCGGCUUCGUGCCAAAACAAUGGUCACGAUGGUUCUCAUUCGUAAGAUGUUGUACGGCAACGACGUGACGUCGCCCUGCCUUUUUAUAAAGAAGCGGUAGUAGGCCUACAAGACCUAGCAAUACAGCCACCUGUCCUGAGCAUGUAAGGAGUUUGGAUCACCCAUCAGCCUGUACAGCUGUAAGACAGAAAUCCUGAUAGACUCAAGACACUGACUGUCCUCCAGAUAUCUCUAUCAACAGCACGCACUCGUCUGGUUGUGGUGGACUCCUCACCUACCUUAGAUUGACUAUCUGUCUCUAGUUCCCUUUCACUGGACAAGGAGAUAAGCACCAGGAUGGGAAUAUCUGUCACAGCCAUGGCCAAGCUCCUGAACGGAAAUAAGUCCUCGAAAACGUACGCCGAUCAAGAAAAGCGGCUAAACACCUUCCAUGUCAGCUGCCUCGGACGUAUCCUGCACAUGAAAUGGCAGGACAGGGUGAAAAAUAUAAGGCCCUUCAGCGUACGUGCAUGCUGUCAUCACCAGCUUAUUCUCGCUUCUUAGUGAAAGGUGCCUCAAGUGGUUGGGGCAUGUUCGCCGCAUGAAACUUUGGCAAAUCCUAGAAGGGAUUCACCAAUGUAAGGUGAGCUAUGUGAUUGGUCCCCAGAUAGAUCACACCUCUGUUAUAAACACAUCUGCAAACGUGACAUAAAACUUGGCCGGCAUAAACACUAACACUUUUGAAGAUGUAGAUGAUAGUCGUCAUCUAUGGAGAGCUACUAAGUACAGGGGUCAAUACGUCAGAAAAUAAUCAGAAUGCUACAUUGGCAGGCCAAAGACCAAGGAGGAAGGCUAGGGCAGCAUCACUAUCUGAACCUGUUUCAGCGCCAUCCUCCUUCAUCUGUACAAAUUUGCUUUAGAGACUGCCACUCUAGAGCGGAGCUCUACAGCCACUCUCGAAAAUGUCAACCCUAGCGACCCCAGACUAACUGAUGCCUACCUAUCAUUGGACACUUUGAUUUAGGAAAAAUAUGGAGAAAAUACUUUCAAAUUCAAAAAAGACUUUAAAGCCUCUUCAGUACAAAAGUAUGGAUGGACAUUAAAAGAAAUAAAAUUACACGCGAAAUUGAUCAUAGCCCAAACCUAACGAGGAUUCUAAGGUGAGCAUUUAAUGUCGAACGUCUGACAACAUCUAAGAUCUGGCUUCCCCUUGAACUAAAAAUUGAGAAUUAAUAAAAAGAAAUUAGUAUUCUUACUGAAAUCCCCUUACAUAAGCUCUUACAUGGCAUUUGGCGGCCAUCUUGGAUUUGAUCUGAAGAUUAUCCUUUAUUACGUCAGAAAAUUGAAUCAACAUACCAAAUGACUCACGAAUAAAGUUAUUAUUCAUGAUUCUGGGGCAAAGGGUUCAAAAGUUAAUAUUUCAAGAUGGCGUCAUCUGGCGGCCAUCUUGGAUUUGACCUGAAGAUGACCUUAUAUUGCAAAAUAGAUAGCAGAAAUAGAUUCUACACACUCCAAAACCCCUAAACAAAGGUAUUGCUCAUCAUUCUGGGGCAAGGGGUUCAAAUUCAAGUUUACAAGAUGGCAUCUGGCGGCCAUAUUGGAUUUGACCUGAAGAUGACCUUAUAUUGCAAAAAUAAUAAUAGAAAUGGAUUCUACACACACCUAAACCCAUAAAAGGAGUUCUUCCUCAUCAUUUUAGGGCAAGGGGUUCAAAAGUUAGUUUUUUUAAGAUGGCAUGUGGCGGCCAUUUUGGAUUUAUGCAAAUUAGCAAAAUUGCCAAAACGGCAACUUUGGGCAACCAAGCUGAAUUUGUUGUAGGACCCCAUAGGAACACAAAUCAAGAAAAAAACUUCAUCGGAAAGAACAUUUCUAGGUUCGGAAAGUGUCAAAUCGACUAAUAAUGGAGAUGGGAAUGGGGAUGUACCCAGCUAUUUGAAGUGUAUCUAUAUAGUUAUUAUGGGGCCAUUUCCCACUGACUCGAACCCCGCCCUCUCCCAUCAUCUCGCCCAGUUAUAAUGGCUUAUGUUAAUGUUGCCUUGAUAUAUUAUUGUACAGAUGUUAAUUGGGUAUUAUUUAUGAAUGCCUAUUAUUGUACAAACGUCAACUAUUAAGGAUAAUGCAUUUCAAUGCGUAAUAAUUAUUGCUUCACUUUAAUUUUGUACUAUAUGCACGUGUUAAUCUUUCAAUCGCUCAGAUUGAAUAUAAAUGGUAUUUUCAUUUUCACAUAUAGGAUACAAGUAAGGAAAAACAAAUCCAAAAACUAAGUUUUGAAUUAUAUUGAUAUGUGAUUAUAAUGAUGAGAUAUUUAUUUUGAUGGUUGAUUUUCAUAAUGUUCAGCAAGAAAAUAACGCUACACGUGCCUACAUGCAAUUUUUGUUGCAAACUAACGUGGAAGCACCUGUUAGCUAAAACCGGGUUGAUAAUGUUUCUAGAGUGCUUACAGCAUGUACAGAUUUCCCAUAGAGCAUAGAGUAAAAUGAUAAUAAAAACUAUUAUUGUCAUAAAGCAUUGGACAACGUCAGAACAGAAUUAAGCUAAUAAUUAUGACAAGAAUAGGCAGUUGCUGACGGAUUCCUCCGUAUUUUAUAGAGACGAUUGUUAUAAACCCAUGUUUUAUCAUUACGGUAUCCACUUGCACCGGUCUGAAAUUGGAUCGGGUAAUUUAAAUACACGCACGGUCAACACGGUUUAAAACGUUCUUAUUCCUAUAUACAUAUAGGUUGACUUCACAACUUUAUACUUAUGUUUGGGGAAUAAGCCUUUAAUUGUGAACACUUUUAGGUAAUAAUGAGGAAUAUCAUUAAAAUCGUAUCAAGUCUUAUACAGACAUUUUACAAGAGCCCAGAAAGAAACCGUUGAGCAAUGGUUGCAUUAUAUUCGUUUGUUGUGCAACAUGAGCAAUUUUGGACAUUAAAUGCGAUUUAUGUCUUCAAUAACAUGUAAAGCCCCUUUCACAAUUGACGUACGACCACUUGCGACCUUUUGGUCGUGCGACAGGCUGCAACAGGCAUCAAUCGCCAGUCAUCUCAUAAUAUCGCACAGAGGCUUUCACAGUUGCAACAGCUGUCGUACAACAAAAACAACCAGUAAAACCCGUUGCACGAGUAAGUCGCUUAUGAUCCUAUUGUGCUCGUGCGAUCACAUGCGAGUGUUGCACGAGGGAUUGCGAGGGGAACGGUCGCACACAACGGUAGUGCAAUGUUGUAAGCCGUUGCGAUCGGUCUUGCAACAGUCUUAUGGCCCAUCAUAUUAUCGCACCCAGUCGCAAGACAGGUCUCUGUACAUGUAGGUCGCUAGCACAUGUGCAAGUACGUGUUGUACGACCUCCAGUCGAGUAAAUGCGACUACUUAGUUGUGCCACCUGUCGCACCAAGUCGUGCAACGUUGAACAACACUCCCACGAUGAUCGCCCGACCGAUGGUACGACCCCGGAUACGAGCUGAUGCGAGUGAAUCGGUCGUAUUUGAUCGCGUUCGGAUUUUGAACAUGUUCAAAGUUCAGAUGUGACCAGUCACGACCACCUUGAGUUCGUGCGACCGUCUACAACGACUGCGAGUGCUCGCAAGUCACCAAGAGAUCGAUCGUGCAACAGCAGGAAAAAACUGUUGCAGGCGGUCGUAAACUGGUCGGAUGUCAAUUGUGAAAGGGGCUGUACGGUCGCAUACAUGCGAAUGCAACGGUAGUGGAAUGUUGUAAGCCGUAAUUUCGAUCGGUCUUGCAACAGUCUUAUAUUAUCGCAACCAGUCGCAAGACUGGUCUCUGUAGGUAUCUAGCGCAUGUGCAAGUGUUGUACGACCUCCAGUCGACUAAAUGCGACUAUACGUAGUUGUGUCACCUCUCGCACCAAGUCGUACAACGUUGAACAACACUCACACGAUGAUCGCCCGACCGAUGGUACGACCUGAUGCGAGUAAAUCAAUCGUAUUUGAUCGCGUUUGGAUUUUGAACAUGUUCAAAUUCAGAUGCGACCAGUCACGACCACCUCCGACCACCUCAAAUUCGUGCGUUCGUCUACAACCACUGCGAGUGCUCGCAAGACACCAAGAGAUCGAUCGUGCAACAACAAGAAAAAACUGUUGCAGGCGGUCGUAAACAGGUCGUACGUCAAUUGUGAAAGGGGCUUAAAGGCGGCCGCACACGGGCACACCUUACGAUUGGUGCGACCCGAUUUCAGAAUAAAACGUAGUAGAAUUUGAUGCUAAUAUUGAGACUUGGAAUAUCUUACUGUGUAAUGUGCUAAAUCAUCGUACAAAUACCUAUGUUCAAAUCUGUGACUAUGCAAUCAUCCUUAUUAGAAUAAAGCCCCUUUCACAAUAAUUAUUGACGUACGACCAUUUGCGACCUUUUGGUCGUGCGACAGGCUGCAACAGGCAUCAAUCGCUAGUCAUCUCAUAAGAUCGCACAGAGGCUUUCACAGUUGCAACAGCUGUCGUACAACAAAAACAACCAGUAAACCCCAUUGCACGAGUAAGUCGCAUAUGGUCUUAUUGUGCUCGUGCGAUCACAUGCGAGUGUUGCACGAGGGAUUGCGAGUGGAACGGUCGCAUACAUACGAAUGAAAUGGUAGUGCAAUGUUGUAAGCCGUUGCGAUCGGUCUUGCAACAGUCUUAUGGCCCAUAUUAUUAUCGCAACCAGUCGCAAGACAGGUCUCUGUACAUGUAGGUCGCUUGCACAUGUGCAAGUGUUGCACGACCUCCAGUCAAGUAAAUGCGACUACUUAGUUGUGCCACCUCUCGCACCAAGUCGUACAACGUUGAACAACACUUGCACGAUGAUCGCCCGACCGAUGGUACGACCCCGGGUACGGCCUGAUGCGAGUGAAUCGAUCGUAUUUGAUCGCGUUCGGAUUUUGAACAUGUUCAAAGUUCAGAUGUGACCAGCCACGACCACCUCGAGUUCGUGCGACCGUCUACAACGACUGCGAGUGCUCGCAAGACACCAAGAGAUCGAUCGUGCAACAACAAGAAAAAACUGUUGCAGGCGGUCGUAAACUGGUCGGACGUCAAUUGUGAAAGGGGCUGAACGGUCGCAUACAUGCGAAUGCAACGGUAGUGGAAUGUAGUAAGCCGUAAUUUCGAUCGGUCUUGCAACAGUCUCAUAUUAUCGCACCCAGUCGCAAGACUGGUCUCUGUAGGUCUCCAGCACAUGUGCAAGUGUUGUACGACCUCCAGUCGACUAAAUGCGACUAUACUUAGUUGUGCCACCUCUCGCACCAAGUCGUACAACGUUGAACAACACUCACACGAUGAUCGCCCGACCGAUGGUACGACCUGUUGCGAGUGAAUCAAUCGUAUUUGAUCGCGUUUGGAUUUUGAACAUGUUCAAAGUUCAGAUGCGACCAGUCACGAUCACCUCCGACCACCUCGAGUUUGUGCGAUCGUCUACAACGACUGCGAGUGCUCGCAAGACACCAAGGGAUCGAUCGUGCAACAACAAGAAAAAACUGUUGCAGGUGGUCGUAAACAGGUCGUACGUCAAUUGUGAAAGGGGCUUUAAAGCGCGUCAUAGCAGUCGUACGAUUUGAAACUAAUUUGGCCUUUACUCCAAAAUAAGGGCUUGCUAUCUUUCAAAAUGGCUAUAUUAGUAUUCUUUCAAUUAAUUUUAACCUCAAAUAAAAUGAUAUGUUCCAUUCACAUUUUCAGAAAAUGAGCAAAAUGCGAUUUGUUCCAAAAUCGGAUCGCGAACAGUCGUAAGGUGUGCGGUGGCCUUUAGAUUCUUCUUCAAUUUUGAAGUAUAUUCAUGUAUAUCUGUACAAUAAAUUCAUGCUAGCUGUAA